UUCAUACUUCAAGAGAGAAGAACAGUAAAGCGUUCGGUGUUCUAACAAUAGAAUCUGUUCGGCCCCAUUCCACCAAAACCUUCUUCUUUCUUCCUUUUCUUUUCGACUUACGUUUUCAGGAGAGAUUAAUUUCAUCGUUGUUUUUCAACCGAAAUUUAUUCACAAAUCUAAAAUCUCACUAUCGAUAAGAGAAAAUGACAAUGGUAGAGAAAGAAGCUGAGGGAACAAAAAUAGAAAACCUGAGAGAUUGAUUUUCUUGCUUGCUGUUUAUUGGCUGGAGGAGAACAAUGUCGCGGAUCAAGGCGUAUGAAUGAUUCCAGUGGGGGAUUUCUUCAGAGCACAAUGACAUACGGUAAUUCAAGAUCGGUGAGAUUUCAAGAUGAUCCAGAAGUUGCAAAGUCCACACCAAGCAAAGGUGGUCAUGUGAUUAAGCUCAUGUACAAGAUUGAUGGCACACAAAUACCCGAGACAAGCUUUAGAAAAGCCGAGAAGGAAGUGGCUCAGAAGUCUGGGAAGUCAUUAAAAGCUAAAGUGCUGUCGAGAGUGUUGUCUGAGGACUAUGAGAGAGUGAAGAAGAAGAUAUUGGACCCUCGAGGCCCUUUCAUACACAGAUGGAACAAAAUUUUCUUAGUAGCCUGUUUAGUUUCCCUUUUUGUGGACCCUCUGUUGUUUUACUUGCCGGGGGUUCGGAAGGAGGAAUGCAUAGAUAUAGAUACGCCACUCGAAGUAGCACUCACAAUUGUAAGGACUGUAGCCGAUGUAUUUUAUGUGGUUCAGAUUUUUGUCCGGUUCCGAACAGCUUAUGUUGCUCCUUCCUCUCGUGUAUUUGGGAGAGGGGAGCUUGUUAUUGACCCUUCAAAGAUUGCUUCUCGGUACCUAGGCAAGGGCUUCUGGAUUGAUCUUCUAGCUGCUCUGCCCCUUCCACAGGUCUUAAUUUGGGCUGUAAUCCCAAAUCUAAGGGGUUCAACAAUGACCAAUACCAAGAAUGCUCUUCGCUUCAUCAUUAUCUUCCAAUACAUCCCAAGGCUGUUUCUUAUCUUUCCACUCUCAUCACAAAUUGUCAAGGCUACUGGAGUUGUGACAGAAACAGCUUGGGCAGGAGCUGCUUACAACUUGAUGCUUUACAUGUUGGCAAGCCAUGUAAUAGGAGCCUGUUGGUACCUUUUAUCAAUUGAGCGACAAGAAGAAUGUUGGAGAAAGGCCUGCAGCGUUGAGAGCUCUGGGUGUCAAUACGGGUUCUUUGACUGCCGUUUGAUGGAUAAGGCUGAUAGGGUUGCCUGGUUCCAAUCGAGCAAUAUCACGGAUCUGUGUAAUCCGAGUAGCAGCAUCCUUGAGUUCGGCAUAUAUGGAGAUGCAUUAACAUUUGAUGUUACAUCCUCCACAUUCUUAAGCAAGUAUUUCUACUGUCUUUGGUGGGGCCUCAGAAACUUGAGCUCUUUAGGACAGUCUCUAUCUACAAGCACUUAUGUUGGAGAAAUAAGUUUUGCCAUCAUAAUUGCAAUUCUUGGCUUGGUUCUUUUCGCAUUGCUCAUUGGGAACAUGCAGACAUACCUGCAAUCAACAACUACCCGAUUGGAAGAGUGGAGGAUAAAGCGAACUGAUACAGAGCAAUGGAUGCGUCACAGACAGCUACCUCAGGAACUGAGGCAGUCCGUACGAAGGUACGACCAAUAUAAAUGGGUUGCAACUCGGGGAGUUGAUGAAGAAGCUCUUCUCAAAGGCCUACCCAUGGAUCUCCGCAGAGACAUCAAGCGCCACCUAUGCUUGGACCUUGUUCGACGAGUGCAACUGUUUGACCAGAUGGACGAGCGGAUGCUAGAUGCGAUAUGUGAGAGGCUGAAGCCUGCGCUGUGCACCGAAGGGACGUGCCUAACGCGGGAGGGUGACCCAGUGAAUGAGAUGCUCUUCAUCAUCCGAGGCUCCCUGGAGUCUAAUACUACCAAUGGUGGUCGUACGGGGUUCUUCAAUUCAUGUCGCAUUGGCCCCGGUGACUUCUGUGGCGAGGAACUGCUGACAUGGGCGCUUGAUCCACGCCCAAGUGUCAUCCUUCCGUCGUCCACACGCACGGUCAAGGCCAUUUCCGAAGUCGAGGCGUUCGCACUCAUUGCCGAUGACUUGAAGUUUGUGGCGUCGCAAUUCCGUAGGCUUCAUAGCAAGCAACUUAGACACAAGUUUCGGUUCUAUUCGCACCAAUGGCGCACAUGGGCUGCAUGCUUCGUUCAAGCAGCAUGGCGUCGGUUCAAAAGAAGGAAGGAUGCGGCUGAGCUCAAGUCUCGGGAGAGCCCCCAGACCGCCUCGCCUGCCCCGGUUUUUGAACGCACCGAUUUGUCCAGUACCGUACCACCUAUGUCAGGCUUCGCUGUGUAUGCCGCACGGCUAGCGGCCAGUAAGAGAGGUGGGAGCAAGUCCUGUGGUUCAGAUUCUAGCGUGGUUGCGUCGUUGCAAAAACCAGAGGAGCCUGAUUUUACUGUAGAAGAGGAGUGACGAAUGAAGCCAUCUCGCGCUGGGUGAGCUUCACCUUCAAAUGCGUGAAGGUGAAACAACCUACUACUCUUCACAUGGUGUGCCUGCCAUGCAGUAAGCAUGUUUGUGUGACUGUAUCUGUGUAUGCGUGACUUCUGUGAAUACUUUUUUUUGUCUUUUAACCUACGGAAGAGUAAGGAAUUAACUAGUAGCUGAUUGAUUCA